GCCGGGAGGAGACAGAACGCUCGGGCUCCACGGCGCUCGGCCUGCAGUCCUCCGACCGCGCGGAACAGAGCCGGGUGGCGCCUCCGGAGCACAGAGCCGCGACCCUCCGCGGCCGCCUUUGUCUGGCAGCCGUGCGUCCUGGAAGCGCCGCUCUCGGGGCCCAGGGACGGUCCCGGAGUGGUCGGUGACAGCUCCUCCCUCCCGGAGAAGUCCAGGACGGAGGGACGGUCGGGCCGGGUCCCGCUGGCGCGCGUCUGCACGUUCGAGCGCGCGGACCCAUGCCCCCGCAGCAGGGGGACCCCGCAUUCCCGGGCCGCUGCGAGGCGCCGCCCGUGCCGCCGCGCCGAGAGCGCGGGGGGCGCGGGGGGCGCGGACCCGGGGCGCCAGGUGGCCGGGGGCGCGCGGGCGGUGGCGAGGGGCGCGGCAUCAAGUGCGUGCUGGUCGGUGACGGCGCCGUGGGCAAGACGAGCCUCGUGGUGAGCUACACCACCAACGGCUACCCCACCGAGUACAUCCCCACCGCCUUCGACAACUUCUCGGCUGUGGUGUCCGUGGAUGGGCGGCCUGUGAGACUCCAGCUCUGUGACACGGCAGGACAGGAUGAGUUUGACAAGCUCCGGCCUCUCUGCUACACCAACACCGACAUCUUCCUUCUGUGCUUCAGUGUUGUGAGCCCCUCCUCUUUCCAGAACGUCAGUGAGAAAUGGGUGCCAGAGAUUCGAUGCCAUUGUCCCAAAGCCCCCAUCCUUCUAGUUGGAACUCAGUCAGAUCUCAGAGAAGAUGUCAAAGUCCUCAUUGAGUUGGACAAAUGCAAAGAGAAGCCAGUGCCUGAAGAGGCGGCUAAGCUGUGUGCCGAGGAAAUCAAAGCCGCCUCCUACAUCGAGUGUUCGGCCUUGACUCAGAAAAACCUCAAAGAGGUCUUUGAUGCGGCCAUCGUCGCUGGCAUUCAGUACGUGGACUCGCAGCAGCAGCAGCCAAAGAAGUCCAAAAGCAGGACUCCAGACAAAAUGAAAAACCUCUCCAAGUCCUGGUGGAAGAAGUACUGCUGUUUCGUAUGAUGCUGGCAAGAAACCCAGAAAGGCUAUUUUCAGAUGAAAUUGAUAUUAGAAGCUAUAUUAGCUGAACUGACUCCUUUUACUGUGUAGAACCUGACUGGAGAGCGUGUGUGUGUGUCCUAGGAGGAGUUCCCAACCCAGGCGUUCCUUCUCGCCUCUGGUUCUCUUGUUUGUUUGCCCUUAGGGAGAGAUACUUAUGCAAGAUAUUUUUGAAAUAAGUUAAGCAUGUUUCCUAACUCUGGAAAUUUAGAGCUCUAGACCUCUGGAUUAAUUUAUAUCUAAUAUAGGAAAGACACCUCAAAUCUGGGUGUCAAGAGUGAAAUUUUGCUACGUUAUAAUGUACAGAAGAACAAAGAGGAAAUGGUGUGGUUAACCAUCCCUUCAUUAAGGGCUACUUAGUGUGCAGUGCAUUGUACACACAGGCCAGCCAUGGUAAGAGUAACUCUUAGUUUUGAAACUCCAUACUUCUUUUUUCUUUCUUUAAAGAGCAAAAAUCUGAGAAAAAAUGAGAGACUUCUGCCUACAAAAACCUCAAACCAGUCACGUUUUUCAUAUGCUAAUACCCAGUUGCUUAAGAUUUAAAAACAACCAAUGAAAAUCAUCCCCCUAACUCUAUGGCACUGAGUAGGUCAAAAAGGAAAAAUUAUCUAUUGGGAUUUUUCAUUCGCGGACCAGUUGUGUUGACACUGUAUAAAUAGCCAGAAUGCCAUGCAGAGUAAAGCAAGCGUUCGUCAGUAGCUCUUAGAUUUUCUUUAGGGUGUGAUUCCUAUUGAGAGCAGAAUGUGCUGUCUGUGUACACGUGCACCAGACUGCCUCAGUCCCCGGUAAUCAGAGAAUAGGGAGCCCCUGUCUGAAUUGUUUUUAAAGGUCAAUUUUAAAUUGUCCCGCCUGCAGGGACGUGAACGCUCUUGAAAGGCCUGCAGCAAAUGUUUGUGGGACACAAAAUGUACUUUUUUUCUUAAGUCAGCCAAAAUGUCCUUCUUUGUACACAUAUACACACACACACAUAUGUAUGUAUGUGGUUGUAUUUGCUGCUGACUAAGACUUUUAAGCAGUUAAGGGGAAAAAGCAUGGUCACAAAAACAGAUGUGAGGGAAGCUUGGCUUCCUCUUUUUGUUAACACUUCUUUGAACAGAUCUCUUUUUGAUUAUGCCCUAGAUAUGAUUUUAAGUGUAUCUUAACACAUUUUGAGACCAUCCUAAAAUAAAAUGUGAAUGUCUCUUAAAACCUGUUUUAAAAUGAAUGUCUUGAAUUCAGUUAACCGGGUAAUAAGUCCACAGAUGCCUUUCAGAGGACUGGUAGCAGAGACCAGAGCUGCGUGUCAGAGGGGUCAUGGGGGGCCUGCUGUGGCCUGCCAGGAGCAAGGGGUGUGCAGGGACUACAGCGCCUGAGCUUAGCUGCAGCCAUACUGUGGGGCAGUCAGAAAACCACUUUUUGUGAAACAUUCGUGUUCUUCGGGGUGGCAGUGUUUAGGGCUUAACCCUCUGGAGAGAAAGUGCCAUAUCAGGAGAGUAGUUUUGCUCUGUGAUGGGCAUGGUUCUGAGAUGCCAAAAACGAGCCUAACGCAUUAAAUUGUGAUGUCGAGUUUGCAGAGGGUGAAGCAGAUUUACCAAAAUCAGUUCAAUUCCUAGGGAAAUCUCUGUAGAGCCAGUGGAUAGAAGAGUUUUCUCUUUUUGUGGGUCUUGUGUUUUUCUGUAGAAAAAGUAAAAGAUCAGGUUAUACUUUAGGUUAGAGGCUUCUGUUAUUUCUGUUAGUAAAUAAAAUUAAUUUCUUUGUUUAAAAACUGAAAUACAUAGAUUGUUUACUAUUUAUUUUUCAAUACAUUGAAAUUGAUAUCAGUCAUAGUGUCCUCAAGCAUUUAGUUACAACCCGAGUAAAUAAAGUUACUUUAUUUGUGGAAAUGCCUCAACAGACCAAAUGAAAUGCAUUCUAAGCUUGCAUGCCUGGCUCACCUCUCUGUGGGAAGCCAGCUUCCCAGGCUGGGCUCUGCCUGCCCUCGUGUGCAGAGGUGGGGGUAGGGGAAGAGUUAUUUGACUGGUAAGUAAGUUUAAACAGUAUUUUUCUAUUUAAGAAAAUGCCAUGGAGUACAAUGCAAAUUAAUUUUUAAGACAGAACACAAAACUUGAAAGAAAUUUUAUGCAUGUGACAGCAUAUGGGGGCCGCUUUUGGUCCCCCUGGGAGGGACCUUUGGCACCCUGUGCCUUUAGGGCCACUGUUGGAAAGCAGUUAGCGAAGAACGCCUGUGUGGCCCAGUUCUGAGAGCUUUACUCAAGUGGUUUAUUUUUACCCAGCUUGAUACAACCUGUGCCAUGAGCGCUAAACAUCUAGGGUUGACAUUUAAAUGCAGCAGUUUUUAGUAUGUUGCUGCAUUUUAUAGAAUAGUAAAGGUAUGAUUGUACUCGAGGUUUUCCUCCAUUUUUAUUUCUUUGUGAAAAUAGAGAUUUGAGAGGAAAAGUUUUGAGAAGUAUUUGCUUGAGUUAGAUAUAAAGUUGAUUAAUUUCAGAGCUCAAACAUUGUUCAACUUGCAGCUUGGUGUUGCAGAGAAGAUUUUAUAAGAGUUGGGCUUUAGAAAAUGCCACUUUAGCUUAACUCCUCCAGUGUGGACUGGACAAAAUUAAAAAAUUCAACGUACUCCAAAACUGUUGUGUUAUCUCUUGUUACCAAGUCUGUGGAAAUGAACCUUUGGUAAUGUUGCUCUCUGUGCUUGACAGACUUAAGAGAAACCACCCAGAUGUCACAGAAGCCAGAAGAGGGUAAGGUCUUCUCCCCAGACUGUCGUAAUCUGAUGCCUUACCAAGCUGUGCUUUUCUGUUUCAAGUGUAAAUGAUGUUGAGCAGAACGUUGUCCUUGCAAAUGCUAUAAAUGAAGUGGUAUGAAAUAAAUUCUGACCUAUGGAUAUAACUGCACUUGCCUUUUCUACCAAAGAAUUUUGUUGGAAGUGAAUAAAAGUUCAGCCACAUCCAGAAGCAGGCUGGUUGGGAAGCAUCAUGGUGUGCGCCCAGAGACGUUCUGGGAAUGUAUCCCUGACAAACAGUAAAUGCUAAUUCAAUACGGGGUUUUGAGAGUUCUGGGGUCACAGUCUGACAUGAGCGCUCUCUGACUCUGCAUCUGUAACCAAUUGUGUGCUGUGUCCCUGUGUGUGGGAAGGAGCACUGUUCUUGGAGCUGGAAGUCCAGGCUCAGAGAAGCACUUAGUGUGUGAUGAGAUGGAGAGGUCGCUAGAUCUGAGCCUCAGGUUCCCCAUGUAUAAACAGUGCUGCCUUUCCCUCCAGGCCGUUUGAGUCCUGAACGAGAACGCAUGUGGGGUAAACGUCCAAGAUCUUUAGUGGCCGUGGAAGGGAUGAGAAGUCAAAGGCGCAUGAGCCCACGAGCUUUACGGUGAAGAACAACAGGGCUCAGGGCUCCCCAUCUUGGAGGGCGCUGGAGAUGCCCACGGGUUGUGUGUGUGUCUCAGGUUCUUGCCGUCAGUCUUCUCGUCCUGCCACCCGGAUGCAGCCUUGACUCCAGGGGCUCCAGGGCAUGCGGCCCUGGGACAGGACCAUUCUGAGGGUCCAGAUGUCAUCCUGCUUCCUCCGCGUGCUGAAGUGGGUGGACAGGGGUCCUGGUCAUCUAGUGAAGGAUAGGCCUGUCCACUUCCUUCCUCACACUGCCUUUAGGGCCAGGCUGUGGCUUUUCGUAUCCACUAAACAUUCAACCACAAUGGACUGGAAUACUGUGCAGAGAGUAACUAAAACUACUGCCCAUCUACACGUGUCCUAGAGUGCCUCUCUGGCCUCCACGGGGCAACCUGAUCGUAGCCCAGAGGGGCCUGGAAGUUUCUCCUCAUCUGGCCCCAGUCCUGCCCCCCAUAUCCAGGAUGGGCCUUCCCAGGGUACGUUGAUGGAGGACCCAAUCUCUUUGGAGGAGGUCAGGGAAUGCUUCACGGAGAUGUUUACGUGAUCUGAAAGAGGAGAGGGAAUGAGAUGUAUUUGGGAAAAAAGUUUUCUAAGAGGAAUAGCAGGUGCAAAGGCCCCGAGGCAGAGUAAUGUCUAGCAUGUCCUGGAGGCCAGUGUGGACAGAAGAGAAGGAGUGCAGGGGAGGGCCUCCAUCUGACCUCUCUCCACACCACCGUCUGCACUAUGGCCAGUGGGAUUUUUUUUUUUUUUUUAACAAGCAAAGCUUCUCGUGUCACCUCACUUCUAAGAAAUGUUCCAUGGUUCCCCAUUGCCUGUAGCAUUGAUUCCUAAACAUUUAAGAUGCCUCCAAAUUUUACGGACCCUACACAAUAGUAAUUUAUGCUUUUACUAUUUUUACCCAAAUACAUAACGAUAAAA